GAGAAGAUAGCCGAGCGACGCGAGGGACCGAGAGAGGGAGAGGAAGGUGUUGAACGAGGCAACCAGGAAGCACCGCGGAGCGCUCACGCGAGCGCCAUGGGAGCCGUGCGUCUCUUACUCCAUCCGACGCGCCGUCCGUGGGCCAUGUCGUGAUCCGUGGGCUCCUGUCCGCCAGCCAGCGGGGCAUUUCUGUCCGUGAUCCGAGGCGCCGUGGAGGAGGAGGAGGAGGAGUGGGUUAGGAGAACAUGUCCGCCUCGGUGGGCCCUCGGGGCGGCCCGCGCCCACCCGUCGCGCCGGCCAUCCCCGAACCGGACCUUAGCCAUUUGACGGAGGAGGAGAGGAAGAUCAUCAUGGCAGUGCUCGCGAGGCAACGGGAGGAGGAGGCUAAGGAGGAAGCCAUGCUAAACGAAGAGAAGCCUAUCCAAGCUAGAACAGUCAACCUUGUGGGACAGAAGAGGCCGCUGCAGCAAAACGACGUCAGAGGCAUCCAGCAACAGCUGACCAGCUACAGGGAAACAGUGGUCCGGCAGGCGGCCGUGGCGGCAGGGGCCGGCACGCACCGCGACGACGCGCCCACCUGCGGCAUCUGCCACAAGACCAAGUUCGCGGACGGGUGCGGACACCUGUGCUCCUACUGCCAGACCAAGUUCUGCGCCCGCUGCGGUGGGCGAGUCUCACUGCGCUCCAACACGGAGGACAAAGUGGUCAUCUGGGUGUGCAAUAACUGCCGGAGGCAGCAGGAGCUCCUCACCAAGCCCGGCGAGUGGUUCGCCGGUCCGGAGGGGACGCUGCUCUGCUCCGACCCCGCCGACAAGAAGCUCCGCUCGCGCUCCCAGGCCCCCCCCGGCUCCGCCCAGCCGCCCGAUGAGCCCGGCCGGCUGAGCGGGCCCGGAACGACGCCGGGAUUCGACCCCCGAUCGCGCAGCGAGCCGCCGCGAGAAACGUACUGUGGGUCUCUCUAUGGAGCCAUCUGUCUUGGCAGGAGGAACGGCAGAGGAGCUGGAGGAGGCGGAGGAGCUGCAGGCCAGGGGGAGCGCAGGCCGGGCCAGCCCCGACUCAAAGCUCAGGUGUCCGUGGACCGACACUUGCGGGGCGACUCCAGGGAACGUCGCGAGGGCCGGCAGCUGACCAAGGGCCGCUCCCUGGAGCACGACCCCGUGGGGGCCGGCAACGGUGGAGGGCCCGGCAGGAGGAUGGAGGAAGGGGGCUACCAUCACACGGACCACCCGGCCGGUAGCAACCCUUCUCUCCCUCGCCAGCACCUCGGCACGCAGCAGCAGCAGCAGCAGCAGCAUCCCUCACACAUGGGGGGGCCCGGGGCCCCCGGGGGCCGGGGCCACCAGCUCCCUGUUAAAGGAGGAACCGUCAGCGUGGGGUUCGAGGCGAUGGCCCGGGUGGGCGCGGCGGGCCCAAUGGCGCCCAAACAGAGGACGGCGGGCGGGAUGGGGGUGGGGUUGGGUGGGCUGCAUGAACACGCACCGCCCUCGCAGCCGGGCAACGGGGCCCCUGAACUCCGGGAACCCUCGGGGAUGGGGCCCGGCUCGGGCUCCGCGGCGGCGGGGGACGAGGGGGGCCCGCCGCCGGCCCGGCGGAGCAAGCGGGAGAAAGCGGAGAGCAUGCUGCGCAACGAUUCGCUGAGCUCGGACCAGUCGGAGUCCAUGCGGCCGCCGCCGCCGCGGCCGUACAAGUCGAAGCGUGGGACGGGCGGCGCCGGGGGGAAAAGGCAGACCAGCGUCAGCAGCUCUGAGGAGGAGGGCGGGACCACGCCCGAGUACAGCAGCUGUGAGGACGCCGAGAUAGAGAGCGUCUCAGAGAGAGGUGACUGGGAGUGCUACCCUCACGACCCCAGUGUAUGGCACCAUCCCGUAGCCUGGGAACCGUCCAAAGAAGGAGACCAUCAAAUAGGACGCAUCACCCUGAGCAAGAGGAGUGCCGCCAUGCCAAAAGAGGCCGGGGCCCUACUGGGGUUAAAGGUGGUGGGCGGCAGAGUGACAGAGUCAGGGAGGCUAGGAGCCUUCAUCACCAAAGUCAAGAAGGGCAGCCUGGCUGACGUUGUGGGCCAUUUAAGGGCAGGUGAUGAAGUUUUACAAUGGAAUGGCAAGCUGUUGCCGGGGGCAACCAUGAAGGAAGUUUACAACAUCAUCCUUGAGUCUCAAGCCGAGCCCCAAGUGGAUCUGGUGGUAUCCCGGCCUAUUGGGGUGUGUAGAAAAUAUCAUGAUAUCCCAAGAAUCCCCGACACAUCACACCCUCCAUUAGGAUCUACAGGUUCCAGCUCCUUCGAGUCCCCCAAGAUGGACCGACCGUCCAUCUCCGUCCAGUCUCCCUCCAACGCCGGCAUGCUGCGAAACGCACCGCAGCUGCUGCCUGGACAGAUCUCUGUGAGGCUGUGGUAUGACAAAGCGGGCCACCAGCUUAUCGUCAACGUGCUGCAGGCCGUGGAGCUUCCCCUCCGACCGGACGGGCGACCCAGAAGCCUUUACGUCAAGAUGUACUUCCUCCCGGACCGAAGCGACAAGAGCAAGCGGCGGACGAAGACGGUGAAGAAGACGGUGGAGCCCAAGUGGAGCCAGAAGUUUGUGUACACGCACGUGCACCGCCGGGACUUCCGCAACCACAUGCUGGAGCUGACCGUGUGGGACCAGCCCCGGAUGCCCGACGAGGACAGCACCUUCAUGGGGGAGAUCCUGAUAGAGUUGGAGACGGCGAAGCUGGACGACCAGCCCCACUGGUACCCCCUCCAGACCCACGACGUGUCCUCCAUCCCUCUGCCCCGCCCCUCGCCCUACCUGCCACGCAGGAACACAAACACAGAAGCCCCGGCCAAGAAGCUGCAGCCAGACGGGCGCGGCCGGGAGAGACAGCGGGAGCCCUUGUCCAGCCUGGAGGUGCCGGAGCAGCGCCAACCGUCCAAUCACCAUCUCCGAUCUCGCUCCGUCUCGCCACACCGCGAGGAGCAGGGGCGCACGCGCUCCCGGCCCCCCAACAUCCCCACCCAGCGGAGCCUGGACGACGAGAUCCCCCAGAGCCGGCGCUCUCGCUCCCCGAAGCGCUACCCCGACUCCUCCAGGGGCCACCACCAGAGCCACGACUAUCUCCAGGACAGUAAGCUCAUCAUGAUCCACCAAUCAAUGCGGGGCAAAAGUGCUGAGUGCCUACACAUCAGUGAUGUGCAGCCGUCUCUGGACAGGGCUCGGAGCGCUAGCACCAACUGUCUGCCCUCAGACUACCAUGCCCCCUCACCAGAGUCUGAAAGAAAACCUUUUUCCCAAUCCCUGCCCCGGAGACGUCCGGCCAGCCCUAGGAUUCUUAUCCAACAUGCGUCCCCCGAAGAUGACAGGUACCCCCCCCCCCCCCCCCACACCCAAGUGCUGUACCCUGGGACCCUGGGAACACAUGAAUGUCACACUCUGGGCAGGAUGCUGGCUGACAGUGUCCGCGGUGGCAGGGGCCAUCCCCAGGGCGGGACCCCUCAGUCGUCCUCCGCAGCCCCCCCCUCUGCCCGCAGGGUGAGACAGCUCCCCCAGGUCCCGGCAAAAAUCAGUACGGUGGAGGAAGCCCUGGCGUCGGAGGAGCUUCUUCGGCAGCUGCCAAUAAGGGUCCAUUCCAACCGGACAUCGGCCCCCGCGGCCUCCAGCCAACAAGACCUCACCCGGAACCUGAAGAACAAACGAGAGCUCUAUAAGGACCAGCCGAGGAGCUGUGAGAACGUUUCUCACAAGUCCUCGGACAGCGAUGUCAGCGACGGGUCAGCCCUGUCUCGCACCAGCAGUGCCUCUCACAUCAGUAGCACCAGCUACAUGUCCAUCCAGUCAGAGAGACCCAGGGGCCGCUUAAGCCGUGCCAUGCGAGCCACGGGCCGCCAGAUGCUGAAGAGCACCAGCUGCGAGGUGAUCGGCAUGGAGCACGCCGACGGCAGCCAGUCGGACACGGCGCUGGGCAGCGGCGUCAAGAAGCGGCGCCCAAGCAUCGGUCAGCGUGUGGUCGCCAUACUGCCGUCCCGGAGGAGCCAGAGCACCUCGCAGAUCAGUCAAACAGAGGCGGCAUCAAAGGCGGUGGAGAGCCGGAAGGGUAAAGAGGCGCCAGCGAGUAAGAAGUCUGGUAAAGGCAGCAGCAGCAUCCAGAGGAGUGUGGAGACGGGCAUGGCGGUGGAGCUACCCCGGGGGGGGGUCUCCACCGUGAACCGGCAGGCCAGCAGGGACUCCACGGACGGCAGCAUGAACAGCUACAGCUCAGAGGGGAAUCUGAUCUUCUCAGGGAUGCGGCUAGGGGCUGACAGUCAGUUCAGUGACUUCCUGGAUGGAUUAGGCCCCGCCCAGCUGGUGGGCCGGCAAACCCUGGCCACGCCUGCCAUGGGAGACGUCCAGCUCGGUCUGACGGACAAGAAGGGCCAGCUAGAGGUGGAAGUGAUCAGGGCCCGUGGCCUUAUCCCAAAAACAGGCUCGAAAUCCCUCCCAGCUCCCUACGUCAAGGUGUACCUGCUGGACAGCGGAGCGUGUAAAGCCAAAAAGAAAACCAAGAUUGCACGGAAGACCCUGGAGCCGCUGUAUCAGCAGCAUCUGCUCUUCGAGGAGAGCCCCCGGGGCAAGGUGCUCCAGGUCAUAGUAUGGGGCGACUAUGGACGACUGGACCAUAAAUGCUUCAUGGGUGUGGCACAGAUCCUAUUGGAGGAGCUGGACCUCUCCAGUACCGUGAUUGGCUGGUACAAACUGUUCCCCCCUUCCUCGCUGGUGGACCCUACGUUAGCCCCGCUCGCGAGGCUGGCGUCCCAGACGUCACUGGACAGCUCAGGACCGCCUCCCGGCGUUCGAUCCUAGUGACCGAAGGGGGGACCGCACC